AUGAGACUGGUUGAAACUCAUUCGCUCAAGCCUACCGACAUAGAGCUCUUUGCGGGGCUGAUCUUCCGUACUGGAACAUACCUUUGGGAAUGCGAACAACCAACAAACGCGCGCUACUUCGUUGAAUAUGGUCUUUCGCUUGAGCUCAGUCAUUCCACUCAAUCUUACGCGCAUGCCUGCCGGCUUCUAGGCCAUAUUGCUUUGGAUUUGGCCCAGCCAGAGUCUGCGUUAAGUGCCUACCAGAAGGCAUUGAGAGUAAUAGAAGAAAUAGAGGAAGAAAAUUCACCUCUAAUUUCAGACGUAUACGACUCGAUCGCGUGCAGUUAUACCGAGCAAGAAAUGGUUACCGAAGCAUUUCGAUAUCUUUCAAAAGCGGCAGCUAUCCACAAGGCACACAACCCGCUUCAUAUGGCUCGAACAUACGCAAUCUACGCCAUGACACAUCUCCGAGCGGAACAACCAGACGAGGCAUUAAUGACACUGAAGAAAUGCUGGCAAUUACAAAACUUGACUGAAGAGCAGAUCAUUGAUUCCAAGUAUCCCAAGCACAGUGGAGAUAUUGUUCUCUUAGCGAGAAUCAAGUAUGCUCAAGGGUUGAAGCAAGAGGCUCAGCAGCUUGCUCUUAAAUCCAUUUCCAUUCGCAGAGAACUUUACGGAGAUAAAGGACCUAGAGUGGCUGACUCCAUGUUUCUGGUUGCUCGGAUGUUGGAAGCUGCCGAUGAGAAUGUUUUAGCUGCAAAGAUGUUACGCGCAAUUCUCGACAUGAGCCGAGGUGUGUCUGAAAUGCAGGGACAUCUCGCUCGAGCCUUGUGGUUUCUCGGGAUCUUAGAGCGACGAUUGGAGAACACUGUUUCUGCUGAGCAGCUCAAAGUUGAAGCUUUGAAUGAGCGCAAUAAGCUUGGUGAAAGAGGUAAUUUUGUUGAGGAGACUGAUCACUCUUUCGAGAGCCUGGUUGGAUGGAUGCUCUGGUAG